AUGAUCACGAUCUAUCUUGCCCAUGAAGAGGUCAGAACGGAAGGGCCAACUCGCCAACAGCACAAACUGGGGCAAGGAGUACCAGCAUCUGACGUUCGAGCGCCUCCCGAGAUACAGAAGGUGCAGCUGGAUGCGAUUCGCCUGCGGAUGGACAUCUCUUGCGAAUCGCCGCUCAAACGUCGGAAACUGGCUCCUAAUCUGGAAGCCAAGACUUCCUUUGAACCGGACGCUGAGCAUUGCUUUGGUCGUGCAACAGAAGCUCGACGGUCAUACACAGCACCGAGCCAACAAGAACACCGAGCCAUUAGUCGCACUCAGACAGACCCCAAUCUACCUGCGCACUGCAGUCGAUAUGACAUGCUACUUGGUUCCGAGCCAGCGGAGAGUCGUAUUGCACGUAGCAAUAUCACGCAGUCGAUGGCUCAAAAAAGGUCCUGCAGCACCGAAGAUCUCAAUGCAGCUGGUCAACAAGAAAUUUCUCGCCAGGAAUUCCUUGGUAUCCUGGACGCCGGCCUUCGGAUGGCGAUUUCUCCUUCGCCGAAGUGUCUUGCCAGAGGAGUGAGGAUGGAUGGAAACGAGUCUUGCAAAUGUCUUGCCAACACCCUUCCCACGCUUUGGUCUCCUGGCUAUCUGUAUGCAAUGUCGAGCAGAUCUGUUUUACUUCCAACGAUAAGCCAUGGGUUGAAUGGAAUCUGUGCCGAGCACGCAAAGAGUUCCCGACUGCGUAGUAAAAUGAUCGAGCUGGAGCGACGGCACGAUGCGCGACAUGACUACUUGCGUCACAACAGCGAUUCGGGCAGAGCAUCAUCGACUGUCUCCAGCGUUCUCUGGCGAACCAUGCAAACCUCCUUGUUCGAUAUGGAAGCCGCCAAUCUACUUAUACCACUUUCUAGGAAGAAUGGAGAUGAUAAUCUCAAUGAUCUGGAUCUUCUUGACUCGCGUUACGAUGAGACGUGGCAUAAUGGACCGCACUCAUGCACCUGUUCAGAUGAUGACGAAUCUCUUCUUGACCGCGCGGAGAUAGCUGAAGGUGCUACUGCGCUUGUACCAGGUGAAGGUUUAAAGCGUAGGACACCAGCAUGUCUUAUGCCCGAAAUGAGCCCCCAAAUGCCUUCGGGAGGUCCUCUGGAUCUGGGUAUGUUCGAAGAUGACGAAGAGCUAUUAUCCAAUGGCGAGAGCCUGGAGCAUUUAGCUGGAAUGGAUGAUGGGGACAUGAUAGCGACAGAGACCCCACGCCUUACUGAGUCUCAAGACGAAGGCAUUGCAACUGUGACUCGCCACUCAUUCAACUCAGACGAUGAAAUUUUGCCCAUCUAG